AUGGCGAUUGCCGGCAGCGGGAGGGGCAAGGCGAAGCCCGCGGCCAGCGCCAAGUCCGUGUCCCGGUCUUCCAAGGCCGGCCUCCAGUUCCCCGUCGGCCGCGUCGCCCGGUACCUCAAGGUCGGCAAGUACGCGCAGCGCGUCGGCGCCGGCGCCCCCGUCUACCUCGCCGCCGUCCUCGAGUACCUCGCCGCCGAGACCCUGGAGCUGGCCGGGAACGCGGCGCGGGACAACAAGAAGAACCGGAUCGUGCCGCGCCACAUCCAGCUGGCGGUGCGCAACGACGAGGAGCUGAGCAAGCUGCUGGGCUCGGUCACCAUCGCCGCCGGCGGGGUGCUGCCCAGCAUCCACACCACGCUGCUCCCCAAGAAGGCCGGCAAGGGCAAGGGCGACAUCGGCUCUGCUUCCCAGGAGUUCUAG